GAGGGCACUCCAAGACUGGCAGAGUUGAAUGCAAAGACGAAGAACAGGAGAAGCACUGAUACUGCCUUUAGAUUAGAUCUCACUAACAUCCGAAUUUCAGAGCUCUGCAGCCAUUCCACGGAACCUGCACUAUUUAACUGUUAAUGGGCACUGUUUCCCAAAGGAUGCAUAUUAAGAUCCAAAGAACCUGAUGGAUUAUCACAUGAGUUUUCUUAAAUUUGUCCUGUAGAGCGCCAGUUUCGAAGGAGCUGGGAAGUCUUGGCAAAUAUAUAUGUAUAUAUAUAUAUAUAUAUAUAUAUAUAUAUAUAUAUAUAUAUUUUUUUUUUUUUUUUUUUUCGAGAUAAAACGCGUUUCCAGCAGAUGAGAGCGACCAGCAACAUCGGAUCCCUCUCGUAUUAGUGCCUGUGGAUCUCUCAUUGUUAUGAUCAAAUUUGGACUGGUGAACUGUUUUUGCAUCGCAAUGGAUACGACUGUGUGGAGUUAUAUAUUUGGUAUUUUCGUGGUUGCCUGUCGAGUAAAACUGACGCGAUCAGCAGUUUUAGAAUCAAUAUAUUGGAAUACUUCAAACACCAAGUUUGUUCCAGGAAAGGGUGUAGUACUAUACCCUCAGAACGGAGACAAAAUGGACAUUGUGUGUCCAAGAAUCAAGCCAGGCUCCACUGAGCAGACAAACAUUGAAUACUUCCGGGUCUAUCUUGUUCCCAAAGAACAACUUGAGACCUGUCGAGUUACUAAGAGCGACAUGUUACUGCUCAACUGUGACAAGCCGGACCAGGACGUGAAAUUUACCUUCAAGUUUCAAGAGUUCAGCCCCAACCUGUGGGGCCUGGAGUUCUACAAAGGGAAGGACUAUCACAUUAUCUCCACAUCUAACAGCACUUUUGAAGGUCUGGACAACCACGAUGGUGGUGUUUGCAAGACCAAGUCCAUGAAGCUGGUCCUGAGAUUUGGACAGAGUCCUACGGAUUCAUUCUCAGCAAAAAAUCACCCAACACGAUAUCCUCCAAAAUACCCUGAUAAUAAGGACCAAACCACCCUCAGCACAGAAAAAGAUGUUGUCAGCAGAGUUGACCCUAUGCAGAAUGGUGAGGCCGGAGGCAAGAGCGGAGAGUCUGUAGGAUCUACUGGAUCCGAAGUAGCCCUGUUUGCUGGUGUUGCAUCCGGUGCUGUCAUCUUCAUCAUCAUCAUCAUCGCUCUGGUAGCACUGCUGCAUCGUCGUCAUCAGAAACACUCAGCCCAGUGCUCCGCCCAACUGCCGUUAAACACGCUGCCCAAACACGGAACUGCUGCCAGUGGCGGCAGCAACAAUAACAGCUCUGAGCCGAGUGACAUCAUCUUUCCACUGCGGACCUCAGGAAGCAUGUACUGCCCGCACUAUGAAAAGGUCAGUGGAGACUACGGGCACCCGGUCUACAUCGUCCAAGAAAUGCCACCACAAAAUCCUGCAAACAUUUACUACAAAGUUUGACCGAGAAUGGACAACAAGUCAUGGACAUCAGCGUUUUGAUGCCUCUCAGACACUCAGUUGCUUGCUACAGUUGGUUUAGCCCUAUUAACUGGAUGCUAGAAUGACUGAAGUGCUGUCUAAUUCUGAAAAACUCAUUCUUUGUUGAGACAUGAUUCUGGAUUAGAUGCUGGUGCACAAGGGAAUGUGCUCUUCUGUUUAUAGAUUAACAUGGAAAUCUGGAAGACUUUCAAAGCUUAGAUCUUACAGAUGCUGAAUAAACAUCUCAUGUGAAGGAUCUGAGAACAACUGAUUUUGUUACGGAAAUGUAAGACUUUUUUUUUUAUUUAUUGUUUUUUGCUUAUUUUCAUGUUCCAAAACUCCCAGAGCUUAGCUGAAAAUUGAACGUUCAUGCACGAGAAGAGGCCUUUAUUCCUGUACUUUGCAAUUCUUCAAUGUAUUUCAAUGGCUGAUAAUAACUGUUUGCAUCCCAAAGCUGGCCUGAUGGAUGCAUAUUACACGUCAGUUUAGACAUUUGUAGCCCUUAUGCUGUUGACGUGCAAGCCAGUGUGGUCCAAAUCGCAUGUGGUUCUUUUAUCCCCAUUUGCUUAUAACUUCUCAAACAUUUAUUCAAACAGCAAACAAACAAAACUAAAGAUCAACAUACAGAAAGAUCCUUUGUUGACUUGGUAAUGUAAAUACAAUAGCCAAGCAUUUAAAUGAUGCUUUAAGUUAUGUUUUGUAUGAAUCUGAACAGUGCUUGUCCAUUACAUUUCAUCAAUGAAUGGUCAGUUGAUUUUGUUCAGAUGCUUCAAGAGUUUACUUCAGCAAACCAGGAGCAACAUGUUGGAUAUAAUGGAUAUUCUUUUGAAAUCUUGCAUUUGUUAAACUUGUUUGUUGAUUCUAGUUGUUCUAGCCAAUUUCACAUUCCAGAUGGCUGAUAAGGUUGAAUGAAAUAAUUCACCAUAGUCACUUGUGCUGCUCUCUUAUUAAUAUUAUCAUUUUUUUAUAUAAAUGAAUGAAAAGUACACAAAAUUGUUUUCUAUUGUUCAAAUAAAAUAAGUGGCCUCAAGAAGUGUCAAAACACAAAUUUUGACU